AUGGCCUCAUCAUUUCCCUCCACUCGCUCAAGUCACCAGUCCACAAGAGACUUUAUUUCGACGUUCUUAUCCAAGGCCCAAAAGGCGUUUCAAGAUGCUCGCUUUGCCUCUUCAUCAAUUCCUAACCUCGAACGCACUACUGCCGAGCACCAUUUGUACAAUUUGAACGCCAUCAAGAACGCACUGCCCUCCCUUUCGAGCCCAUAUAUCACAGAAGACGACAUCCAACAAUGCCAUUCAUUCCUUGAUCCCGUUAUCAAUGAGCUUCAGUUAUUCCUCUCCUCAUCACCAAAAUCACAGCGUCCUACACCUUCCGUUUCCCGCAACGGCAUCAGGGGCCGCCCCUCGUACCAAUUGGACCUCGGGCGAAUGAUUGAGCUGCAUAAUAUGGGAAACUCGUGGGAGUCUAUUGGCGAUGCCUUUGGAGUUGACAGAACGACAAUCUGGAGGCACCUGGAACGAGCUGGCCUAUCUACCAAACGUCCUGACUACACGGAGAUUUCCAACGACGACCUGGACGAUGCCAUUGCGGUGCUGGUCGUGGCCCAUCCACUGACAGGGGCUAGGGUCAUGCAAGGCCACCUGCAGGGACUUGGUAUCAAUGUCCCUCUGCUUCGAGUAGAGAAGAGCUUGAAGCGGGUGGAUUAUGUUGGAACAGUACUUCGGUGGAACGGCAUGAACAGGCGCCGGGUGUACCGUGUCCGGGGUAGCAACGCUCUAUGGCAUCACGACGGAAACGAGAAGUUGAAGCCUUGGGGGUUCUACGUGCAUGGAUGUGUGGAUGGCUAUUCCAGGCUAUUCAUUUACCUUGUGUGCUCGAACAACAAGCGUUCAGCAACAGUGGCCGCUUGCUUCAUGGAGGCUGUCUCACGUUACGGUUGGCCAAGUAGGAUGAGAGGGGACUUUGGGACAGAGAAUAAUGAGGUAGAGCGAAGGAUGAAUGCGAGAUGGGGUGCUUUACAUCGUGCAUAUCUUCGUGGAAAAUCGCUGAACAACAUACGUAUGGAACGGGGUUGGAGGGAUGUCAGGAAAGAAUCCUUGGAGUUCUUUCGCCAGAUAUUCAUGGAGCUCGAGGAGCUUGGCCUACUUGACCCGAACAACCCCAUCCACCUUGUGUGCCUGUAUGUGGUAUUCCAACCGAGGAUCCAGACCUCUCUUGACAGAGCGAUUAUUUCCUGGAACCGUCACAAAAUGAGCACAGCUGGUAACAAGACUCCUUUGGCGAUGUAUGAACUCAGCAGAACGAAGGCCAUCAAUGCUGGGUAUUGGACUGGGGAUCCUGGUGAUGCAGUUGAGGAGAUUGACGAUGAAUAUGGGGUGGAUGGAACUAGUGGUCUUGCACCACCAGACGACGAGUUGGCAAGUGAUCCGAUAGCACCGAGGUCUGACUCUUUUGGUUCAAAAGAGGAGGAGCGUGAAGCCGGUAUAUUUGUUACAGAGGAUGACCAUAUUGCAGAAGCUAGGGAGGUUUUGAAGGAGUUGGACUUGGAAGCUGAUGACGGAAAUUGGGCUACGUAG